AUGAAGGUCGGGUCGUCGGUCCUGGCUUGCUGUUGCCUUUUGAUUCAGGUACUUGGUCUGGCCCUCUUCCUCCGCGGCUUCUUUCCAGUCCCUGUCCGAUCUCAGUCCAGAAAAAGCAGCAUCUCUGAGAUCCCAGCAGAACCUUGGGCAGGUAAAACCUCUAACUGGACGCAACUUCCCCAUCCUCUGUUUAAGAGAGUGGUCAUUCUCCUCAUUGAUGCAUUGAGACAAGACUUUGUAUUUGGUGCUAAAGGCAAAGAAUACAUGCCUUAUAUAACACAACUUAUAGAAAAGGGGCCAAGCCUUAGCUUUAUAGCAAAGGCCACAGCACCAACUGUUACAAUGCCACGUAUUAAGGCAUUGAUGACUGGCAGUAUACCUGGUUUUAUUGACAUUGUAGUCAAUCUCAAUUCCGCUGAACUACUGGAAGACAACCUGAUAUGGCAGGCAAAGCAAGCUGGAAAAAGAAUAGUCUUUUAUGGUGAUGACACUUGGAUAAAACUUUUUCCAAAGCAUUUUGUGGAAUUUGAUGGAACAACAUCAUUCUUUGUUUCGGACUUUACAGAGGUAGAUGAUAAUGUCACCCGGCAUUUAGAUGAUGUUUUAAAGAGGAAUGACUGGGAUAUGUUGAUACUUCACUAUCUUGGAUUAGAUCACAUUGGGCACUUAACUGGACCACACAGCCAUUUGAUUGGACCAAAGCUUUAUGAAAUGGACCUUGUCUUAAAAAAGAUCCACUCUGCCCUGAUGUCAAAGGAGGAGGAUCCGUCUUUCCCAAGUUUACUUGUUGUCUGCAGUGAUCAUGGUAUGUCAGAAGCGGGAAGUCAUGGCGGAUCAUCUGAUGAGGAAGUGCAGACCCCGCUUGUGUUAAUAAGUCCAGCGUUUAACAACAAAGCAGGGACGUUUAAAGAACCUGAAAUGAUUCAGCAAACGGAUUUGGCUCCCACGCUAGCACUGGGCCUUGGAUUGCCUAUUUCCAUGAGCAGCUUGGGUAUGGUUUUACCAACAGUAAUAGAACAUAAGACCAUGAAAGAACAGCUGCGUUUUUUUCACUUAAAUGGUUAUCAGCUCUGUAAACUCCUGAAAGAGAAUCUGAAGACUUAUGAGAAAGAUGACGGUGUGGAACAAUUUAAGAAGGCAGAAAAGUUACAUGCUAAUUGGAUUAAGCUAUACCUUGAAGGGAAUACAUCAGAAGUCCUCACCAACCUUGGCAGAAAACUGAUCAGACAGUAUUUAGAGGCGCUGCAGAAACUAAGCUCUUCAUUAAGUAAACAAGUGGCAGAGUAUGACAUCUACUCAAUGACCGUUGGAGCCAUUAUAACUCUAGAGAUGUUCUUCCUCCUUAUCCUCGCCAUUCCAAGUGCUUUGAGCAGCAAGGCUGAGUUUGAUCUGCCUCUAGCUUCACCAGUCUUUUCACUCUUCUUUUACCUGACAUGUCUUGUGCUUGCUGCUGUCCAUGUUGUUGUAUGCACAUCAGCUGAAAACAUGUGCUUCUUCUGUAGCAUAUCAUGGAUGAUGGUGAUGGGCAUUAUGGUGCUCAUGUCAGCACUUCUCUGUAUUCUUCUAUCAAUCUUAGGAAAGAUUAUUUUGAAACCUAAACUAUCUAAUGAGAAAAAAACCUCUGACACGUCAACAUGGUCAGAACUAGAUCUGCUUCUGUUGGUGGGAACACUUGGCCAUGUUUUGAGUAUGGGGGCAAGUAGCUUUAUUGAGGAGGAACAUCAAACCUGGUAUUUUCUUGUCAACACAUUAUGUUUAGCUCUAUCGCAAGAAAUGUGUAGGAAAUACUUUCUUGUAAAAAAAAGAAAUAAUGUAAACACUGAAGACUCAGACCAUGAGGCAAAAGGAGAAGUUUACAUUGAUGAAAUUUAUGAUGCACACAAAAAGGAGUUAAGAGAAGAAAAGUUAUCAAUUUUACAACGUUUUACUAAAGACAAUGAAAAAUGGAUUUCGUUGACAAGUCCUGGUGUUAUCCUGAUAUUUUGCCGGUUAUUACGUCCUUUAAAUCAGACUGGAGUUCAAUGGAUACAUCGAUCAGAUUUUGGACACUGGUUGACAAGCUCUGAACACAAGGCUGAACUGUCAUUUUUGGUAGGAAUCUGCUUAGUGAUGAUCUUUAUUUUAAUUCAAGGAAAAUGCUCUUUAGUUUCCAAAGUAGCACUGAUGUUUGGAUUGCUGGGAGUUUAUAGUUACAGAGCCGCCAUAGGUCAUGUUUUGUAUCCGUGGCAGCAAACUACUAAAGACAUCACAAAAGGAAUCACCGAAGCUCGUUUUGUCUACAUAUUUGUACUUGGGAUUCUUAUAACUGGAAUAAAAGAUUUGUUGAAAUCUCAUGUUAUGUGCACAGAUCCUAAAGCAAAAUCUAUGGGAUUAUGGGAAGUAUAUAGUGGAUUGAUCCUUCUUGCAGCACUGUUAUUUCGACCGCACAACCUUGUGGUUUUGGUAUUCUGCCUCCUCAUCCAGAUUAUUCUAACAAUGUUUAUCUGGAAAAAACUGAAGUAUGAUGCAGCUCAAAUCACUAUAAUGCAUUAUUGGUUUGGACAAGCAUUUUUCUUUUUUCAGGGAAACUCCAAUUCAGUUAGUACUGUGGACAUUGCAGCUGGUUUUGUUGGUCUGGAGAACUAUAUCGAAAUACCAGCCAUUUUACUUACUGCAUUUGUGACCUACAGUGGGCCGUUCCUUUGGUCUAUACACCUGUUAGGUUAUCUCAGUGGAGAAACCAAGAAGACCUCCACAGCUGUGGCACAUGGAUGUUACUGCUAUGCCAUCAUCCGUUCACUACCAGUGACUGUUUACAUUAUUCUGGUAACGGGGCUGCGUUACCAUUUGUUUAUUUGGAGUGUGUUUUCUCCUAAGCUGCUUUAUGAAGUGAUACAUCUAGUCAUUUCAACUGGAGUUUGUGUGACAUUUACUGUUGUGGAUAAGAACAAAGUAUCAAAAAGUGAAGUAUGAGUAGUGUUAUCGUAAAGUGACUCUUCUCCAUUAACACUAUGGUGUUAUUAGGUCUUUCAUUCUGUGCUAAAUAAUUUCUUUAGAGCAGUUACAGCUCCAUCUAGUGCUCCAAAUCCUGGCACUUUUAGCUGCCACAAAAAAACCUGCAUAUUGCACACGGCGUUCUUAUGACUUUACAGUUUAUUUAUUGAAAUAAGUUUCCAUCUAGUGGUGGCUGCCUAUUUAUGGGAUUGGGGGAUCUGUAAUAGAAACAGAGCUCUGAAUACUAUAAAGAGCUCAUUAGAAUUUUAAACCCAAUGAGAUAAAAAUAAAAAAUGAUGUUGAAGGGUCAGCAGAUCUUCUGUUGGCAUAUUAAAGGGUUGUCCAGGAUUAUAAAAACAGCAACACAUCAGUUUAUGGUUUACAGGCCAGCUCCAUUGAGGGGAACGGGCGCAGCAUUGUAAUGACACACAACCUGUGGACUUGGCACUGCUUUUGUAAGAAGGCAGACUUGUUUUCCUAAUCCUGAAUAAUCCAUGUAAUUGUUUAGCAUUUUAAGAGUAUACCCUCUUGUCAUAUAUUUUAGAAACCUAUUUCAGGCUAUAUGUUUAUAUUUUUAUUUAUAUAAAUGGGGCCCUUAUUAGAUUUAAAAUUAAGUGCUGAUUAAUUUAAUAGAAACAGUGCUCUCAUUUUCUGAUACAGAGCUCCAAAUCUGCUGCAAUAUGAAACAGCGUUCUGGCUUCCUGCUACCCCCAGAGGCCCAGAUUUACUUUGCAAAUGCACAAACUGUCUCGCAUGACUAGCAUCUCAUUUAUGACUUUUAGACAUUUUAGAUGCUUUUCUGCUGGGUCCAGCAAAAGGAGUGUGUCCUUUUGGAAAACCAGCAUGGCUUAAAGGGGUAUUCCAGGGGUAUCAACUGGCUCUGGAAAGUUAAACAGAUUUGUAAAUGACUUCUAUUAAAAAAUCUUAAUCCUUCCAAUAGUUAUUAGCUUCUGAAGUUGAGUUGCUGUUUUCUGUCUUAACUGCUUUCUGAUGACUCGCGUCCCGAGAGCUGUCCAGCUCCUAUGGGGAUAUUCUCCCAUCAUGCACAGCUCCCGUGACGUGACAUAAUCAUUGAGCAAAAUGUAUUCUAUGGAGAGAAAGAUAGAGCAGAGCUCCUCAUAGGGCAAUAUGUUUGGAACAAUGUAAAUAUGUAUAAGGUGAGGCAGUAAAACAAGUAAGUAGUCUCGCUCACCUUGUACUGUUGUGUAUAUAGACACAACAGCAAUAAGCGCGUGGUUCAAAGUGAUGGUGGAGCAGCUUCCUGGGAUCGGCAGCAGGUGAAACCUGUCCGAGGAAUAUGAUGCAAGUACUGGUGCUAGGCAGGAAAGGUACC